AUGUUGACUCACCUACUCGUUGUUCUCGUGAUUUCGGCAGCCUCCUGUCUCCAGAGUUCGUUUGUGUUCAAACAUCAUGACAACUCUGAAGUCGUCAAGGAACUCACCAGGAUUCAUCAUGAGUGUCUCUCGAUUACGCGACUCUACGACCUCAAUCACACUUCCGUGCGAGGUCAGCCGCUCGUCGUCAUAGAGUUCUCUGGAAACCCUGGCGUUCACGAGCCACUCGAGCCUGAAUUCAAGUAUGUAGCGAACAUGCACGGAGACGAGACUCUUGGUCGGGAACUCCUCCUGAAGCUGGCCGAUGAGCUCUGCUACUCGUUCAGAGCGGGGGAUCCCGAAACGGCUCGACUGAUCGACACGACGAGAAUCCACAUCAUGCCCUCAAUGAAUCCGGACGGCUGGGACGCGGCGACGAAGGCGAAAUUCGAUGUCUCGAGUUACCUGACCUAUUUCACACAACUGACGCAAUCCACGGGACGUGAGAACGCGCAUGGCGUUGACCUCAACCGGGACUUCCCAGAUCUACAGCGGAAAAUGCAUCUGAUGCUCCGACGGAGUAAGGACUCCGCAAUCCACCAUCUAUUCGACGGCGAUACCGGCCGGGCAAUACAACCGGAAACGCAAGCGUUGAUCGAGUGGAUCACCUCAAUCCCGUUUGUGCUCUCCGCCAAUUUUCAUGGAGGAGCACUGGUAGCGAAUUAUCCAUUCGAUGACACGAAUGACGGGAGCCGGAGACAGUACACGCCUUCCCCCGAUGAGGCGGUAUUCCAGCAACUGGCCAGAGUUUAUGCAGACAACCAUCCCCAAAUGCAUCUCGGAGUAUCUUGCGGUUUCGUGUCUGACAACUUCACAAGCACCGGGGGCAUAACGAAUGGUGCUGCUUGGUACAAAGUGACCGGCGGCAUGCAAGAUUUCAAUUACUUGGCAUCCAACUCCUUAGAUCUAACAAUCGAGGUAGGAUGCGAGAAGUAUCCGCCGGCCAGUGAACUUGCCGAAGAAUGGGAGAACAAUAAAUCUCCCUUAAUGGAGUUCAUGUGGCGAGUGCAUCAGGGAAUCAAAGGGUUCGUCAUCAACGCCCUCACGCGUGAGCCUAUAAAUGAAGCAGAGAUCUCCGUGUUGUCCGGCAGCGAGGGAUACGAUCUGAAGCUGCCGGAUCGCGCCGUCACAACCACAAAACUUGGCGAAUUCUGGCGUAUACUCCCUCCUGGGAACUUCACUCUCCGAGUGACCGCAGCAGGAUACGAGACUCGGAUAAUCAAAGUUCGCAUCCCGGAGUUCGACAAGCAACGAGGAGCAGCUCGAGAGGACAUCACACUUCAACCUAAAUCUGCCACCGGGAGCCCGAAGCCCGGAGUGGUUCCGACCGAUUUUUCCCAGUGA